AUGUCCAACUUGUGGAAAGGGCCAAAGUUCACAGAAGUCAACGCUGGCUCAGAUGAUAUGAACAUCGCCAGUAUCGCCUGGGGCAUAUCGCUCGGCGUCGGUCUCUUUACCUUUACAAAAGCCCUGCGACAAACGAGGGACUCGUGGAGUAGAGGUCGAAGACUGAACCACUACAUUAUUCUUGUCUGGCUCGAGUGGACGAGCAGUUGUAUCAUGAGUGCAGUUACGUGGUGUUAUUUGCGAAAUUACAUUCCUGGCGGGUUUCCAGUCUUUUUCGUUUUGAUCUUUCUUUGGUGUAUUCAGAUCCAAGCCCUCAUACAAAUCAUCGUCAACAGAAUCGCUAUACUCAUGGUUAAUCGGCAAAACGCAAAAUGGCUCAAGAUCUGGUCAUUUGUCAUCAUUCUGUGUAUCAACAUCAGCGUCUUUAUGAUCUGGAUCCCAGCAAGGCUGCAGAUCAACGAUACAUGGGCAGACAUCAACAAAGUUUGGGAUAGGAUCGAAAAGGUCAUCUUUCUGCUCGUCGACGCCGGACUCAACCUCUACUUUAUCCAUCUUGUGCGAUCGAGGCUUAUUGCGAAUGGCCUUACCAAGUAUACCCGUUUGUUUCGCUACAACUUGGGCAUGAUUGCUGUUUCCAUGACUAUGGAUAUCCUCCUCAUUGCCAUGAUGUCUCUUCCCAAUGACAUUGUCUAUGUCCAGUUCCACCCCCUCGCUUAUCUUGUCAAACUCCACAUCGAAAUGAACAUGGCCGAUCUCAUCAUCAAAGUCGUAAAAGCCAGUAACGGCAAUGGCUACGACUACUCAGGUUCCAAGUCCGGCAACACCCAACCGAAACAAAAUGGCGCCAACAAGCUCGGAAAAGGCCACAUCCCAUCAGCCAUGUUUGUCGGAGGCAACUUGACCCUUAUCCAAGCUGGCGUCGACGACGGUGAAGACAUCGAGAUGAACAGGAUGGAAGGUGGUAUUCAGAAGACCACCAGGACAGAGGUUGUGGUCAAACAGACUAGACCGUCUGAUAGCGAUGAUAGGGAUGUGGCAAGCGAUGCAGAGUCAAUGCGGCCACUGAGAAAUAAUGCUUAUACGGUCCCGGAACCAAAGAGGCGUCGGAGCUCUCAAAUUGCAAUUCUCACAGCACCAUAG